AUGGGAAAGAGGAUUUUGAUCGCGAUGGGGAUUUUUGCAAGCCUUCUCUCUGUAGCUGUUGCUAUACCGGGAAUCGCUACUUUCUACACAAACUAUGUUCCAUCUGCCUGCUAUGGCAACAAAAGCUUUGGUGUUAUGAUAGCAGCAGCAAAUGAUAGUUUAUGGAACAACGGGGCUGCUUGUGGAAAAGUGUUCCAUGUUACAUGUAAAGGUCCCAGGAAUCCAGUACCACAUCCAUGCACAGGCAAGACUGUAACUGUGAAGGUUGUGGAUCACUGUCCUGGAUGUCCAUCGACGCUUGACCUCUCCAAGGAAGCCUUCACUCAAAUCGCUAACCCUGUUGCCGGCAUAAUUAACAUCGACUACAUUCAGUAA